AUGGCGCUCGAGGAGGCAACCCCUAGAAAAAGUGUAUUACUUAACACGUUUUUAUACCUACAGCAAGCUGAAUGCGCGGUUCCCCACGAAGAUUCCUCGGAGGCAUCGACGGAGAUCUCCGUGGUGUCUGUCAGCUCAUCCAGCUCCACCGAAGUACACGAAGGGUCCGGGGAUGACCCUCCCGAGCCAUCAAUUACGUCUGUCGCAAAGAAUGAGACGAGAGAAGCGCUCAAGACGGAUGGUAGCGAACAAGACCCUGUGGUGUUCCUAUCGGAGAAGAACAGCUACAUACCAGUAAGCAUCAAGCCCCGCUCUCCCCCCGCGGAUACUACAUGGCGGGAACCUCCGGCGUGGGAGCGCGAAUAUCGUCGUCAUCGGACCAACGGCAGUAGAGUACAAUAUAUCGAAGCAGAGUGCCAAGACGAUUUCAUGAAGAUUAGAGUGGGCUUCAACGGGUCAUUUGCAGGCCUGGUUUAUUCAGCAGGAUACUCGUACGACCCAGACUGCAUGUACAUCAACGGGUCUGGACGCGACUACUACGAGUUCUACAUCCAGCUGAAUCGCUGCGGCACUUUGGGACGGAACAGCCAGCAUGACGACUCGAGGAAACAUCCCACUAAGAACCUGAUGUGGAACACGAUCACGGUGCAGUACAACCCGCUGAUCGAGGAGGAGCUGGAUGAGCACUUCAAGGUCACCUGCGAGUACGGAUACGACUUCUGGAAGACCGUCACCUUCCCCUUCUUGGACGUUGAAGUGGCGACAGGCAACCCGGUGGUAUUUACCUUACAACCGCCGGAGUGCUACAUGGAGAUCCGUGCUGGCUACGGGGCGAGCGGAGCCCGCGUGUCGGGUCCCGUGCGGGUUGGAGACCCGCUGACGUUGCUCAUCUACAUGAGGAGCACUUACGACGGGUUCGACAUCGUUGUGAACGAUUGCUUCGCACAUAAUGGGGCUACGAAACGUAUUCAACUUAUUGACGAGCAUGGGUGCCCAGUGGACGACAAGCUGAUCUCUCGCUUCCGCGGUUCGUGGUCCGAGGCGGGCGUGUUCGAGACGCAAGUGUUCGCGUACAUGAAGACAUUCCGGUUCACCGGCUCCCCUGCCUUGUACAUCGAGUGCGACGUGCGGAUGUGCCACGGGAGAUGCCCGUCUCAACCAUGUCACUGGCGCAACAUGAAAUCGGUGCGUCGGCGCUCAGUAGAACCUCUCGCACCGCCGCAGUUAUCUGAGAAUAUCUCGCUGUUCCAGUCACUCCGCGUACUGCAGGAGGGAGAGGAGGAUAGCGAACUCGCCGCCCGCAGUGGUCCAGUGGAAGGCCAGACGUGUCUAAAAACCUCCGCAUUAUCAGCCAUGCUGGUCUCAUGCGGCGUCCUCAUCGCAGCCCUAGUGGGUGCCCUGCUGGUAGCCGCUCGAGGUUGGAGGAGACGAGAAACGCGUACCCCGCACCACGCUUAUGUUCCACAUAAGGGGAGGAUAAAGUAAAUCUUUAUGCU